AUGCGUAUAUUUUGUAUCGCCCUCUUGGGCACCUUCGUGGCACUCGCAGCCGGUGCUCACAUUCAUACGGAGACAGCAGUGAGCACCGAGGCGGUGAAGCCGAAGCCAGGAACUACCGGUCCUUGUUGUGAAAGUGUGAGACAAACCCUUCUAGAUAUUCGGAAAGAUAUUCGCUUGUGGCUCUUGGAUAGACUUUUCGGUAAAUUAAUACUUAUACACGAUGGUGAACUUGACGGAAAUCAUAAUCAUGUGAAAUGUGCAAAUAACCGGAUAACUUCAACAGCUGACGUUUUAGGAGUUCAGCAAAAUAACGUUCAAUUUGAUUCAAUCAUAAACGAUAUUAGAAAGACUAUUCCGCAUAAUCACAGAUCUUCGGGCCGUGUUGAUAAAAUAAUUAAAAGUGGAACCAAAAGUUCAAGCUCAACUACAACUGCGACAUCGUCUGGUGGAGACUCACAGCAAUCUGGCUCAACCACGACAACGACAACCUCUGAGGAAACCAGUUCAUCGGUGGAUCCCGUCGUAGAAGAGAAUUCCGGCCAGACUAGCACUGUUGUUGAAACCGGCAACAAUGUUGAAUCGGAAUCCUCCUCAAACACGAUCACAUCUUCGGAUGAAUCGAGUCAGACUAGUUCAUCGUCGACAUCUGAUGCAGAAACUGUUGUUGGAGGUGGAGACUCACAGCAAUCUGGCACAACCACGACAACGACAACCUCUGAGGAAACCAGUUCAUCGGUGGAUCCCGUCGUAGAAGAGAGUUCCGGUGAGACUAACACUGUUGUUGAAACCGGCAACAAUGUUGAAUCGGGAUCUUCCUCGAACACGAUCACAUCUUCGGAAGAAACGAAUCAGUCUAGUUCAACAUCAACAUCAGGUGGCGACACUGUUGUUGAAGGUGGAGACUCACAGCAAUCUGGCUCAACCACGACAACGACAACCGUUGAGGAAACCAGUUUAUCGGUGGAUCCCGUCGUAGAAGAGAGUUCCGGCCAGACUAACACUGUUGUUGAAACCGGCGACAAUGUUGAAUCGGAAUCCUCCUCGAACACGAUCACAUCCUCGGAUGAAUCGAGUCAGUCUAGUUCAACAUCAACAUCAGGUGGCGACACUGUUGUUGGAGGUGGAGACUCACAGCAACCUGGUUCAACCACGACAACGACAACCUCUGAGGAAAUCAGUUCAUCGGUGGAUCCCGUCGUAGAAGAGAGUUCCGGCCAGACUAACACUGUUGUUGAAGCCGGCGACAAUGUUGAAUCGGGAUCCUCCUCGAACACGAUCACAUCCUCGGAUGAAUCGAGUCAGUCUAGUUCAACAUCAACAUCAGGUGGCGACACUGUUGUUGGAGGUGGAGACUCACAGCAAUCUGGCUCAACCACGACAACGACAACCUCUGAGGAAUCAAAUGAAUCGGUGGAUCCCGUCGCAGAAGAGAAUUCCGGCCAGACUAACACUGUUGUUGAAACCGGCAACAAUGUUGAAUCGGAAUCCUCCUCGAAUACGAUCACAUCUUCUGAUGAAUCAAGUCAGUCUAGUUCAACAUCAGGUGGCGACACUGUUGUUGGAGGUGGGGACUCACAGCAAUCUGGCUCAACCACGACAACGACAACCUCUGAGGAAUCUAAUGAAUCGGUGGAUCCCGUCGCAGAAGAGAAUUCCGGCCAGACUAAUACUGUUGUUGAAACCGGCAACAAUGUUGAAUCGGGAUCCUCCUCGAACACGAUCACAUCUUCGGAUGAAUCGAGUCAGUCUAGUUCAUCGUCGACAUCUGAUGCUGAAACUGUUGUUGGAGGUGGAGACUCACAGCAAUCUGGCUCAACCACGACAACGACAACCUCUGAGGAAUCUAAUGAAUCGGUGGAUCCCGUCGUAGAAGAGAGUUCUGGCCAGACUAACACUGUUAUUGAAACCGACAACAAUGUUGAAUCGGGAUCCUCCUCGAACACGAUCACAUCUUCGGAUGUAUCAAGUCAGUCUAGUUCAACAUCAACAUCAGGUGGCGACACUGUUGUUGGAGGUGGAGACUCACAGCAAUCUGGCUCAACCACGACAACGACAACCUCUGAGGAAUCUAAUGAAUCGGUGGAUCCCGUCGCAGAAGAGAAUUCCGGCCAGACUAACACUGUUGUUGAAACCGGCAACAAUGUUGAAUCGGAAUCCUCCUCGAAUACGAUCACAUCUUCUGAUGAAUCAAGUCAGUCUAGUUCAACAUCAGGUGGCGACACUGUUGUUGGAGGUGGAGACUCACAGCAAUCUGGCUCAACCACGACAACGACAACCUCUGAGGAAUCUAAUGAAUCGGUGGAUCCCGUCGCAGAAGAGAAUUCCGGCCAGACUAAUACUGUUGUUGAAACCGGCAACAAUGUUGAAUCGGGAUCCUCCUCGAACAAGAUCACAUCUUCGGAUGAAUCGAGUCAGUCUAGUUCAUCAUCGACAUCUGAUGCUGAAACUGUUGUUGGAGGUGGAGACUCACAGCAAUCUGGCUCAACCACGACAACGACAACCUCUGAGGAAUCUAAUGAAUCGGUGGAUCCCGUCGCAGAAGAGAAUUCCGGCCAGACUAACACUGUUGUUGAAACCGGCAACAAUGUUAAAUCGGAAUCCUCCUCGAAUACGAUCACAUCUUCUGAUGAAUCAAGUCAGUCUAGUUCAACAUCAACAUCAGGUGGCGACACUGUUGUUGGAGGUGGAGACUCACAGCAAUCUGGCUCAACCACGACAACGACAACCUCUGAGGAAUCUAAUGAAUCGGUGGAUCCCGUCGUAGAAGAGAGUUCCGGCCAGACUAACACUGUUGUUGAAGCCGGCGACAAUGUUGAAUCGGGAUCCUCCUCGAACACGAUCACAUCCUCGGAUGAAUCGAGUCAGUCUAGUUCAACAUCAACAUCAGGUGGCGACACUGUUGUUGGAGGUGGAGACUCACAGCAAUCUGGCUCAACCACGACAACGACAACCUCUGAGGAAAUCAGUUCAUCGGUGGAUCCCGUCGUAGAAGAGAGUUCCGGCCAGACUAACACUGUUGUUGAAACCGGCAACAAUGUUGAAUCGGGAUCUUCCUCGAACACGAUCACAUCUUCGGAAGAAACGAAUCAGUCUAACACUGUUGUUGAAACCGGCAACAAUGUUGAAUCAGAAUCCUCCUCGAAUACGAUCACAUCUUCUGAUGAAUCAAGUCAGUCUAGUUCAACAUCAACAUCAGGUGGCGACACUGUUGUUGGAGGUGGAGACUCACAGCAAUCUGGCUCAACCACGACAACGACAACCUCUGAGGAAUCUAAUGAAUCGGUGGAUCCCGUCGCAGAAGAGAAUUCCGGCCAGACUAAUACUGUUGUUGAAACCGGCAACAAUGUUGAAUCGGGAUCCUCCUCGAACACGAUCACAUCUUCGGAUGAAUCGAGUCAGUCUAGUUCAUCGUCGACAUCUGAUGCUGAAACUGUUGUUGGAGGUGGAGACUCACAGCAAUCUGGCUCAACCACGACAACGACAACCUCUGAGGAAUCUAAUGAAUCGGUGGAUCCCGUCGUAGAAGAGAGUUCCGGCCAGACUAACACUGUUGUUGAAGCCGGCAACAAUGUUGAAUCGGGAUCCUCCUCGAACACGAUCACAUCCUCGGAUGAAUCGAGUCAGUCUAGUUCAACAUCAACAUCAGGUGGCGACACUGUUGUUGGAGGUGGAGACUCACAGCAAUCUGGCUCAACCACGACAACGACAACCUCUGAGGAAACCAGUUCAUCGGUGGAUCCCGUCGUAGAAGAGAGUUCCGGCCAGACUAACACUGUUGUUGAAACUGGCAACAAUGUUGAAUCGGGAUCCUCCUCGAACACGAUCACAUCUUCGGAAGAAACGAAUCAGUCUAGUUCAACAUCAACAUCAGGUGGCGACACUGUUGUUGGAGGUGGAGACUCACAGCAAUCUGGCUCAACCACGACAACGACAACCUCUGAGGAAUCUAAUGAAUCGGUGGAUCCCGUCGCAGAAGAGAAUUCCGGCCAGACUAACACUGUUGUUGAAACCGGCAACAAUGUUGAAUCGGAAUCUUCCUCGAAUACGAUCACAUCUUCGGAUGAAUCAAGUCAGUCUAGUUCAACAUCAACAUCAGGUGGCGACACUGUUGUUGGAGGUGGAGACUCACAGCAAUCUGGCUCAACCACGACAACGACAACCUCUGAGGAAACCAGUUCAUCGGUGGAUCCCGUCGUAGAAGAGAGUUCCGGCCAGACUAACACUGUUGUUGAAACUGGCAACAAUGUUGAAUCGGGAUCCUCCUCGAACACGAUCACAUCUUCGGAAGAAACGAAUCAGUCUAGUUCAACAUCAACAUCAGGUGGCGACACUGUUGUUGGAGGUGGAGACUCACAGCAAUCUGGCUCAACCACGACAACGACAACCUCUGAGGAAUCUAAUGAAUCGGUGGAUUCCGUCGCAGAAGAAAAUUCCGGCCAGACUAACACUGUUGUUGAAACCGGCAACAAUGUUGAAUCGGAAUCUUCCUCGAAUACGAUCACAUCUUCGGAUGAAUCAAGUCAGUCUAGUUCAACAUCAACAUCAGGUGGCGACACUGUUGUUGGAGGUGGAGACUCACAGCAAUCUGGCUCAACCACGACAACGACAACCUCUGAGGAAACCAGUUCAUCGGUAGAUCCCGUCGUAGAAGAGAGUUCCGGCCAGACUAACACUGUUGUUGAAACCGGCAACAAUGUUGAAUCGGGAUCCUCCUCGAACACGAUCACAUCUUCGGAUGAAUCGAGUCAGUCUAGUUCAUCGUCGACAUCUGAUGCAGAAACUGUUGUUGGAGGUGGAGACUCACAGCAAUCUGGCUCAACCACGACAACGUCAACCUCUGAGGAAACCAGUUCAUCGGUGGAUCCCGUCGUAGAAGAGAGUUCCGGCCAGACUAACACUGUUGUUGAAACCGACAGCAAUGUUGAAUCGGGAUCCUCCUCGAACACGAUCACAUCUGCGGAUGAAUCAAGUCAGUCUAGUUCAUCGUCGACAUCUGAUGCAGAAACUGUUGUUGGAGGUGGAGACUCACAGCAAUCUGGCUCAACCACGACAACGACAACCUCUGAGGAAACCAAUUCAUCGGUGGAUCCCGUCGUAGAAGAGAAUUCCAGCCAGACUAACACUGUUGUUGAAACCGGCAACAAUGUUGAAUCGGAAUCCUCCUCGAACACGAUCACAUCUUCGGAAGAAACGAAUCAGUCUAGUUCAACAUCAACAUCAGGUGGCGACACUGUUAUUGAAGGUGGAGACUCACAGCAAUCUGGCUCAACCACGACAACGACAACCUCUGAGGAAACCAAUUCAUCGGUGGAUCCCGUCGUAGAAGAGAAUUCCAGCCAGACUAACACUGUUGUUGAAACCGGCAACAAUGUUGAAUCGGGAUCUUCCUCGAACACGAUCACAUCUUCGGAAGAAACGAAUCAGUCUAGUUCAACUUCAACAUCAGGUGGCGACACUGUUGUUGAAGGUGGAGACUCACAGCAAUCUGGCUCAACCACGACAACGACAACCUUUGAGGAAACCAGUUCAUCGGUGGAUCCCGUCGUAGAAGAGAGUUCCGGCCAGACUAGCACUGUUGUUGAAACCGGCAACAAUGUUGAAUCGGGAUCUUCCUCGAACACGAUCACAUCUUCGGAUGAAUCGAGUCAGUCUAGUUCAACAUCAACAUCAGGUGACGACACUGUUGUUGGAGGUGGAGACUCACAGCAAUCUGGCUCAACCACGACAACGACAACCUCUGAGGAAACCAGUUCAUCGGUGGAUCCUGUCGUAGAAGAGAGUUCCGGCCAGACUAACACUGUUGUUGAAACCGGCAACAAUGUUGAAUCGGAAUCCUCCUCGAACACGAUCACAUCUUCGGAUGAAUCGAGUCAGUCUAGUUCAACAUCAACAUCAGGUGGCGACACUGUUGUUGAAGGAGGAGACUCACAGCAAUCUGGCUCAACCACGACAACCUCCGAGGAAUCUAAUGCAUCGGUGGAUCCCGUCGUAGAAGAGAAUUCCGGCCAGACUAGCACUGUUGUUGAAACCGGCAACAAUGUUAAAUCGGGAUCUUCCUCGAACACGAUCACAUCUUCGGAUGAAUCGAGUCAGUCUAGUUCAUCAUCGACAUCUGGUGCAGAAAAUGUUGUUGGAGGUGGAGACUCACAGCAAUCUGGCUCAACCACGACAACGACAACCUCUGAGGAAACCAGUUCAUCGGUGGAUCCUGUCGUAGAAGAGAGUUCCGGCCAGACUAACACUGUUGUUGAAACCGGCAACAAUGUUGAAUCGGAAUCCUCCUCGAACACGAUCACAUCUUCGGAUGAAUCGAGUCAGUCUAGUUCAACAUCAACAUCAGGUGGCGACACUGUUGUUGAAGGAGGAGACUCACAGCAAUCUGGCUCAACCACGACAACCUCCGAGGAAUCUAAUGCAUCGGUGGAUCCCGUCGUAGAAGAGAAUUCCGGCCAGACUAGCACUGUUGUUGAAACCGGCAACAAUGUUAAAUCGGGAUCUUCCUCGAACACGAUCACAUCUUCGGAUGAAUCGAGUCAGUCUAGUUCAACAUCAACAUCAGGUGACGACACUGUUGUUGGAGGUGGAGACUCACAGCAAUCUGGCUCAACCACGACAACGACAACCUCUGAGGAAACCAGUUCAUCGGUGGAUCCCGUCGUAGAAGAGAGUUCCGGCCAGACUAGCACUGUUGUUGAAACCGGCAACAAUGUUGAAUCGGGAUCUUCCUCGAACACGAUCACAUCUUCGGAUGAAUCGAGUCAGUCUAGUUCAACAUCAACAUCAGGUGGCGACACUGUUGUUGGAGGUGGAGACUCACAGCAAUCUGGCUCAACCACGACAACGACAACCUCUGAGGAAUCUAAUGAAUCGGUGGAUCCCGUCGCAGAAGAAAAUUCCGGCCAGACUAACACUGUUGUUGAAACCGGCAACAAUGUUGAAUCGGAAUCUUCCUCCAAUACGAUCACAUCUUCGGAUGAAUCAAGUCAGUCUAGUUCAACAUCAACAUCAGGUGGCGACACUGUUUUUGAGGGUGGAGACUCACAGCAAUCUGGCUCAACCACGACAACGACAACCUCUGAGGAAACCAAUUCAUCGGUGGAUCCCGUCGUAGAAGAGAAUUCCAGCCAGACUAACACUGUUGUUGAAACCGGCAACAAUGUUGAAUCGGAAUCCUCCUCGAACACGAUCACAUCUUCGGAAGAAACGAAUCAGUCUAGUUCAACAUCAACAUCAGGUGGCGACACUGUUAUUGAAGGUGGAGACUCACAGCAAUCUGGCUCAACCACGACAACGACAACCUCUGAGGAAACCAAUUCAUCGGUGGAUCCCGUCGUAGAAGAGAAUUCCAGCCAGACUAACACUGUUGUUGAAACCGGCAACAAUGUUGAAUCGGGAUCUUCCUCGAACACGAUCACAUCUUCGGAAGAAACGAAUCAGUCUAGUUCAUCUUCAACAUCAGGUGGCGACACUGUUGUUGGAGGUGGAGACUCACAGCAAUCUGGCUCAACCACGACAACGACAACCUCUGAGGAAACCAGUUCAUCGGUGGAUCCCGUCGUAGAAGAGAGUUCCGGCCAGACUAGCACUGUUGUUGAAACCGGCAACAAUGUUGAAUCGGGAUCUUCCUCGAACACGAUCACAUCUUCGGAUGAAUCGAGUCAGUCUAGUUCAUCAUCGACAUCUGGUGCAGAAAAUGUUGUUGGAGGUGGAGACUCACAGCAAUCUGGCUCAACCACGACAACGACAACCUCUGAGGAAACCAGUUCAUCGGUGGAUCCUGUCGUAGAAGAGAGUUCCGGCCAGACUAACACUGUUGUUGAAACCGGCAACAAUGUUGAAUCGGAAUCCUCCUCGAACACGAUCACAUCUUCGGAUGAAUCGAGUCAGUCUAGUUCAACAUCAACAUCAGGUGGCGACACUGUUGUUGAAGGAGGAGACUCACAGCAAUCUGGCUCAACCACGACAACCUCCGAGGAAUCUAAUGCAUCGGUGGAUCCCGUCGUAGAAGAGAAUUCCGGCCAGACUAGCACUGUUGUUGAAACCGGCAACAAUGUUAAAUCGGGAUCUUCCUCGAACACGAUCACAUCUUCGGAUGAAUCGAGUCAGUCUAGUUCAACAUCAACAUCAGGUGACGACACUGUUGUUGGAGGUGGAGACUCACAGCAAUCUGGCUCAACCACGACAACGACAACCUCUGAGGAAACCAGUUCAUCGGUGGAUCCCGUCGUAGAAGAGAGUUCCGGCCAGACUAGCACUGUUGUUGAAACCGGCAACAAUGUUGAAUCGGGAUCUUCCUCGAACACGAUCACAUCUUCGGAUGAAUCGAGUCAGUCUAGUUCAACAUCAACAUCAGGUGGCGACACUGUUGUUGGAGGUGGAGACUCACAGCAAUCUGGCUCAAGCACGACAACGACAACCUCUGAGGAAACCAGUUCAUCGGUGGAUCCCGUCGUAGAAGAGAGUUCCGGCCAGACUAGCACUGUUGUUGAAACCGGCAACAAUGUUGAAUCGGGAUCCUCCUCGAACACGAUCACAUCUUCGGAUGAAUCGAGUCAGUCUAGUUCAACAUCAACAUCAAGUGGCGACACUGUUGUUGGAGGUGGAGACUCACAGCAAUCUGGCUCAACCACGACAACGACAACCUUUGAGGAGACCAGUUCAUCGGUGGAUCCCGUCGUAGAAGAGAGUUCCGGCCAGACUAACACUGUUGUUGAAACCGGCAACAAUGUUGGAUCGGAAUCCUCCUCGAACACAGCGACAUCUUCGGACGAAACCAAUCAGUCCAGUUCAACGACAAAUUCUGGGGCUGGGAAUGCUGCUGGAAGUGGAGACUCUCAACAAUCUGACUCAACCACAAUUACGAAAACAUCUGAAAAAUCAAGCUCAUCAGUGGACCCUAGCACAGUGGUUAAAAACGGAAAAAGCGAGCAGUCUGGAACCUUCACGACCACUAGAGUUGUUGGAGGUGGCAACACAUACCGAUCCGGCUCCACCAAAACUUCGACAACAGCAAAUCAAAUUCCAACCCAAGGCGGUUCGAGGAAGAAAAGAGUAGCUUCGAGUUCUUGGUCAAAGCGGUCUAGUUCAUCAACCAAGGGUACGAAACCAUCAAGCAAGGUGGUUGUAAGUGUCAACUCUGGAAGUUCCACUGCAAAUGGAAACGCCGUCCGAAACGGUGGCAAGUCCGGAACUCGCACUACUUACACUUGGUCGAAGCGUUCCAGCUCCUCAGGCAUUCCGGGUGUUAUCGGAAAGGUCAUCAAGAGGGGUCAAGAAAGCAGUUUAUCAUCUGACGUCGGAGAUACCCUUGAAACAGACGAUUCGCAAAUAAAUACUGGACAGAUCGCUCUAAACAAGAAAUCAAAAAGAUAUGCCAGUAGAAGCAUGAAAGUAGGAGGCGCCCGAUACGGAACUGGAGCCUAUCCAUACUGGUGGGGAUCGCAAGGGGCAUGGAUGGGAGCCAGUCCGACCUGGGACUAUUACGGAACUGGAUGGGGCAACGACGCUUGGAAUGGUCAAUACCUAAACUAACAUUAUCAAUGAAAGUAUCUGUCAAAUGCUUCCGUUUGUACAGCAAUAUAUGUAAAUGUUGACAGUUCUGUUUUUAAACAGUUAGUAAAAUAUCUAUGCAAAUCAA